UUGAGAGGCGCUUAUUCGGCCUGACUUCUUUGAGAACAAGGGCUGUAUUUACAGCGUUAGACCGGGAAAGCUUGCAGAGCAUUUUGCUCUGACAUGUAUUGAUAUAUUUGGUUGUGCUGGGUUUGUAUGCACUUUCACUGGGCACUGGCCUUUGAAACUGGCUUCUGAUACAUUUGGAGGGAGGACCAUGAAGGACAGCCGCCAGGGACUGCCCUGGAAGCCGCGGGCUCUGCUCUUUGGGACGUGCUUGUUGACGGUUCUGAACUCCGCCGGCCUGCUCUUCCUGUUCGCCCGGCACACGCAGCUGACCACCCGCCUCGCUGAGCUGGACACUCGGCUGGAGGAGCUGUCGAGGGCCUCGGUUGUGGAAUUCGUGUCCGAGGUGGCCCGCGCCCCGGGCCAGCGGGGGGAACGGUUUGAGUACUCCCGAAACAAGAGGAGCCACGAGCACCACCAUGAGAGUCACCAUGAGCGCCACCAUGACCAUCACCACACGCAGCAGCUCCACCGGGCUGAGGAGCAGGACGGGAUGAUGAUGAUGAUGACCUACUCCAUGGUCCCGGCCAAAGUCUUAGUAGACCUCUGUAACAGCACAAAAGGAGCUUGUUUAACAGGACCUCCUGGACCUCCUGGCAUUGUAGGUCUGCCUGGCCUGGAUGGAAUGCCGGGGUACAAUGGAACCGAUGGUAUUCCGGGGCUAAAAGGGGAGGCAGGAGCAGAGGGCAAAAGAGGGAAAAGAGGCCCUCCCGGGGAGAAAGGAGAGCCGGGAGAAAAGGGAGAGAAAGGAGAUCCUGGGCCUCCAGGAGAAAAAGGAGAACCCUCCAAUGAUGUCAUUUUUGAAGGUCCACCAGGUCCAGUAGGUCCUCCAGGUGCUCCUGGUCCUGCUGGCCCCCCAGGCCCUCCUGGGCCCCCUGGACCCCCCAGGAACAGAAGCCACAGAGUGAACUUGCAGGAGGCACAGAGGGCUGUGGGGCUUUCCUACACCAUUCCAAACGAUGACACCUUGGCUGGAAAAGUUGCUGGACACACGAAAGAAAAACAUCUGAAGAAAAACGAGUGCAUCAUAAAAUCUAUACACAGCUCCAGAAAUGUCACCAAAAUGGAGACGACAUUUGGAACAUGGAUGCAAGAUGCAGCUCUAGAAAACGACGACCGCAUCUGGGUGGCUGAGCACUUCUCAGGUCGUGACGUGAAAGAAUACGAGGGCAUAGCAUCUUUCCAGAACAACGUGAGUGAAACCAUCGACGUCAGGAAAUUUUACCAGGGAUGCGGCCACAUUGUACACAACGGCUCCAUCUACUACCACGUGGCUGGGACUUUCAAGAUCGCCAAAUUUAACCUCCAAACCAAGAAGCUGUACACCCUGGCGAUCGACAAUGCCUUGUACCACAACCUGACAUACCUCCUCAACAACUCCAAGACCUACUUCAAACUGGCAGCGGACGAAAACGGACUGUGGCUAGUGUUUGCUUCGAGUGUGGAUGAAAACAUAAUGGUGGCUCACCUGGACGAGAAGACAUUCUCCGUCACGGCCUACAUCAACACCACCUACCCCAGAACAAAGGCUGGGAACGCCUUCGUAGCCUGUGGACUGCUUUACCUUACCGACACCAAAGACACAAAAGUCACCUACGCUUUCGACCUGCUGAAAGGAAAACCCGUCAGCGUGAGUUUCGAGCUGAGGCCAUCCAGUGGUGUACUGGCUAUGCUGUCCUACAGUCCAAAGAACCGACACUUGUACGCAUGGGACAGCAGCUAUGUAAAGAUAUACAACAUAAGGUUUUUAUCUGACGAAUAAGUCUGGUCAU